AUGAGCAGCCUGCUCUAUCCAUAUGGAAGUUCUACGGGUGAUACAUUCAACGAAAGAAAUGAUGAUGGCGCAUCCGACAUGAUACCCAUCUCAGUAGCACUGCCAUUCUUCGACCACUUGCACAAUUCUCUUUGGGUAACAAUAAAUGCUGUUCUUUGUUUCAUGUCAAUUGAUUUGAUGACUUGUGCAGAUCUUGAAGUUGACGGCAGACGUUUGAUAGCUCCCUACUGGGCCGACGUUGACACAGAAGAAGGAGGACAUGUCAUGUACCGUGAGACAACUGACAGUGGUCUUCUUGAACGCGCCACUGUGGACAUCACCGCCGCCUUCCCGCAACUGCCUGAUUUCCGGGCCACGUGGGUCUUCAUUGCGACAUGGCACGACGUAGCUUAUUAUGGAACCAGAAGCCAUAAGAGGAACACGUUUCAGGCAGUUCUGGCUUCGAACGGACGGCACAGCUUUGCCAUUUUUAACUACGGCGACAUCACGUGGACAACCGGUACAGCAAGUGACGGGAAUGCUUAUACAGGUUUAGGAGGAGUUCCGGCAAAGGUUGGAUUCAAUGCCGGGGAUGGUAUCCGGUUCUUUUGCACCGAUACAUCGCAAACCGCUGACAUCGUGAACGUCGAGACAACUUCCAACGUCAACAUUCCAGGCCGCUGGGUGUUCCGCAUCGACAGCGCGACCAUCCAAGAUGGCGGAUGUCAUACUGAUGGGCCAGUCACCAUCUUCCCAUUCUUUGGGACGAUGCUGGGUGGAACAGAGGUUUCCAUAUCCGGGCCCUGCUUUGCCGACCCAAGUGUUGAGAUCUGGUGCAAGUUUGGGGACAAGGACCCGGUGCAAGGAUGGUUGGACAACACUAAGGCAGUCUGCAUUUCACCGUUUCUGUCUGUACCUGGCAGGAUUCCGUUACAGCUCUCCGCUGAUGGCGGAAAUACGUACGAACAUGAAGAUGUGUUCACAUCAGCUGAUCCAGGCCGACUUGUCUCGGUCUUAGAAAUCACGGAAAAUGCCGACGAGACUAUAACUAUCGAAUGGAAUCCAGAUAAUGUUGAGGGCAAUACAGUAAACGUGCACCUACAUGGAUAUGAGGAAGCAACUGGGACCUGGAGCACCGCUGCACAGCUGGCCAGUGGGAUUUCCAACACGGGCAGCUACACCGUUUCCACUGCCGAUGGGUUAAACCAAGCCCUGGGGGACACAGGAUCCUUUCAGGCAGAUCCAGCGUGCUUUGCUGGUUCCCCAAGCCCAACGAACUGCUACUACCACCCCGGAGCUCACCACUGUGUGCGGUCUAUCGGACAAACGUCCCAGGGUGCUGGUCAGCAGUGCUGCUACAAAACAGACGGCAGCCUACUGCUGGAUGGACCAGGAAGGGGAACAUCCGACAGGGUGCACACGUCAUCAAUUCUCGGUCAUUUUGGGGCUGACGUCUACCCCUGGAUCGUUUGCUGCAAGUUGUCCAACAACUGUGACCUAUACUUUGAGUUACGGCCAGCCAACGAUGGAACUGGCUACGUAUUUCCCAGGCCAGCAUGGACGUUUGGUGACCCCCACUUCAUCACUUUGGAUGGCUUGUCGUACACCUUCAAUGGCGCUGGGGAAUUCCUGCUGCUAGAUGUGAACAACGGAGAAUUCCGCUUGCAAGCCCGGAUGGAACAGCUAGUGGACGAUGGUUCCGCUGUGGAUGCCACAAUACUCACUUCUUUGGUGAUGAAGGAAAAUGCAUCGGAAGCUGUCCAGGUUCAGCUGAGUGAAGUGCGCACUAUGGACAUCCUUGUUGACGGCCAGCUGAAGGACUUCCAGGAACUAGCUGUGCAAGAAUUUAAUGGUUUCGUGGUGACUGCGGAGACUGCUACAGAAGCGCGGGUUUCCUUUAACUCCGGCAUCGGCGUGGCAGUGCGCGCUGUGGAGGACAUGCUGUCCAUCUCCGUUACACUGCCGCUCCACGCGAGAGGCAACACCGCGGGUCUGCUUGGGAAGUGGAAUGGAGACCCCACAGAUGAUCUGACCCGGCCGGACGGCGUUGUUGUCCCCUCCGACAGCAGCACGCAGGACAUUCACUACCAGUUUGGAUUACCGUGGAUGAUUAAGGAAGAAGACUCAAUCUUCACCUAUGCACCAGGAGUAACCUACAGCAGUGUCACUAACGUGGGGUUCACACCCGCGUUUGAACUACCGUCGGUCGAGCCAGAACUUCAGGCUGAAGCUGAGGAGGUGUGUGGCAGUGACAACCAAGCCUGCCUGUUUGACGUGCUGACAACUGGAAGGCUAUCGGUUGCAAAUGUAUCAAUCAGCGCCGUCCAGGAGUAUACUGAACAGGUGGAAGAGUUGCUUAACUGUGGUGAGCUGAGCCCCCCUGAUGUUCCCGGAACGCUGACGAUCUCCAACUACUCCAUCGGUUCGGUUGCCAACUUCGAGUGUGAAUACGGGGUCUUGGAAACACCAUGGGAACGUGUCUGCCAAUCAAAUGCCACUUGGAGUGAUGCCCCGCCCCCAGUCUGUGUGCUUCCACCUGGAGGGUGUUACGGUCUUCACCCAACCUUCCCGGUUGACAACUUUGCUAUCUACGACAACCGCUGUCAUUGGUUCUCGAGGACCAUCGACAAAAGCAACUACACGGGGGCGGAGCAAUUCUGUGAUACUCGCGGAGGAAAGCUGGUCACAGUCAAGGACUCGGCAAAGCAGGAGUGGCUUGAAGAUUAUAUCACCAAUAACCUGGCAAGAAGGAACUACUGGAUUGGUUUGAAAGACCGCCACACUGAGAAGUCCUUCAUGUGGAGUGACGGAACGGCUUUCAACGACGGUGACUACAACAACUGGCACAAACGACCCAAACACCACAAGCUGCGGGACUGCGUCAUCAUCCACCGUGUCGACAAGGAAUGGGCUGUGGUCAACUGCAACAAGAAACGGAACCCUUUCAUCUGUGAAAUGGUGAACACCAUUGGCUAAGUGACUGCGAGCAGCGCUGAUCGGCACUGCUGAGGAGAUGUGCUUAGCAACAGAGGAG